AUUCUUCCUCCUCUUUGCAUUUUCUAUUGGGUAAGUCAUAAACCUUUCAAUUUCCUUGGUGGUGAUAUAUUCUGCUUUACCCAACUCCACCUUUUUUUUUUCUUCCCCCCCUCUCUCUCUCUCCACUUUAGUCCUCUCAGGUGGUAGCUACUGUCAUAAUUGUGGAAUGUAGCUUUACUCAUCUUUCUUGUGAAACCCUUCAUGGUUGCUUGCUGCAACCCAUUGAAUAUAGCCCCCAACAUAAUUCUCAUAGGAUACAUUUAUUUUCCCUAAUUAAUGCCCUUCAUUCUAUAACGGUUGUCUUGAAUUACACCAUUUGGAUGAAAAAAAAGGGUAGAAAGGGUUGGUGGUAGAAUUCAUCAUUUCACACUCUUAGAUACUUUGCCAUAAAGAUUCAUUUUUUCUAUUCCCUUUCUUCUUUUGUGAAUUGGAUUUGUAGCAAAUCAGGAUCUACUGCUUCUGUGCCUCACUGUUUGUCUUCUAGCUUCUGGAGUUUUCCAUGGAGACAGAAAACAGUGACAUGAGGUCUAAGAAGAUGGAAGACUAUGAAGUUAUAGAGCAAAUUGGAAGAGGAGCAUUUGGCUCUGCUUUUCUUGUUCUUCACAAGUCUGAGAAGAAAAGGUAUGUGCUGAAAAAGAUUCGUUUGGCUAAGCAGACAGAGAAGUUCAAACGUACAGCACACCAAGAGAUGAACCUGAUUGCAAAACUAAAUAAUCCUUAUAUUGUGGAUUACAAAGAUGCUUGGGUGGAGAAGGAGGACCGUAUAUGCAUUGUAACUGGCUAUUGUGAAGGAGGUGACAUGGCUGAGAACAUAAAGAAAGCUCGAGGAUCAUUCUUUCCUGAGGAGAAAGUCUGCAAAUGGCUGACUCAGUUGUUGAUAGCUGUGGACUACUUGCAUUCUAAUCGUGUAAUCCAUAGAGAUCUAAAGUGCUCCAACAUAUUCCUCACCAAAGACAACAAUAUCCGGCUUGGUGACUUUGGUCUUGCAAAGCGACUCAAUGCAGAAGACCUUACUUCCUCGGUUGUUGGAACUCCAAAUUACAUGUGUCCUGAGAUUCUCGCUGAUAUACCGUAUGGUUAUAAAUCUGAUAUGUGGUCUCUUGGUUGCUGCAUGUUUGAGAUUGCUGCUCAUCAACCAGCAUUUCGUGCUCCAGACAUGGCAGGGCUUAUCAACAAAAUAAACAGAUCCUCCAUUUCUCCACUGCCAAUUGUUUAUUCUUCCACACUUAAACAAAUCAUCAAAAGCAUGCUGAGGAAAAACCCUGAACACAGGCCAACAGCAGCUGAAUUGUUAAGGCAUCCACAUUUACAACCUUAUGUUCUCCGCUGUCAGAAUGCAUCAUCUAAUUUUCUUCCAAUAUAUCCCAUAGUUAACUCAAAGGAUAAAACAAAAAAAUCUUAUAAAACUAGUGGUGGCAAGGACCAUAGGGACAAAGAAGCAGGAUUAGCAUAUCAUCUGGAGCGCGUUCAUCCAAUUGAGGGAAAUGGAGAUGUACAUACAAGCAAUCCUCCUAACAAUGGUGAGGUGACCGUAUCAACCAGAACAGGAGACAACCUUGAGAACAAGAUGGUUGAUUUUACUAGCUACAUAGGGGAAUCUUCUACUAGUAUCAGCGGCUCAAAAGACGGGUCAACAACUUCUGAAUCAUCUGUUUGCAGUAUGUGCAAGGAGGAUUUUAAAAGUAGACCUGCACAGGAAAAAGGUAACCAUGGGAAUGGGAUCACUUCAAAAUGUAGACAAGAUUCUGUGCAUGAAGAGCAAGCAUUAGCUGCAGAACUUUUUCAGAAAUUAGAAUUGGUUGACUUAAACACGGGGAUCUCAGAAGUUGAAGAUGCUUUUUCCAAAGAAGGUUUCAAUUUUGCUGAAGCACCGAGGGAAGAUGCCAAAUUUGAGGAAUCCAGGAAAUCAACAACAUCCAAUGCAAGCAGUAGCUGCACUGAUAAAGAUAAAUCCAUUAAUGAGGAAAGGUCAUCACUAAUUGUGAUUCCUGUUAAGGUUGAGCAUGAAACUGAAUCUAGAAACUCCUUGAAGAAAAGUGAAAACCCGGUUGCGUUUACAGAAGGCUCACAUAUGAACUGUUUGUCAUCUGAUUCUAGCAGUAAACUUCCAGUUAAGGAUAACGAAACGGCGAAGGAGAACAUCAUUUGCACCACACAAAAAGAUGAAAAUUUAGUUGGUGUUGAUCAGACACCAAGUGACACUACAAUGGAUGAUGGUGAUGAAACAAUGAGGGAUAGUCCCUGCCAGCAAAGAGCUGACGCUCUAGAAUCUCUGCUUGAGUUGUGUGCUCAGCUACUUAAGCAAGAUAAACUAGAAGAGCUUGCCGGUGUGCUAAAACCAUUUGGAAAAGAAGCUGUCUCAUCCAGAGAAACAGCAAUAUGGCUGACAAAGAGCCUCAUGUCUGCCCAAAAGUUUAAUUCUGAAACCUAGUCUAUGAGAGGUUCUCAUCAUUAGUUUAUACAUUGUUGUAAGAAAUGUGUCUUCAAAUGUCACAUGAGUUUGUUCCUUUGAGCUUGUUGCUUGGUUGAGGAUUGGAGACUGGAAAUUAGCAUGCCUCCUAUUCUUUCCUAGUAAAUGGUUAUAUAGUAAAUCAAUUAAAUUAUUUUUGCUAUAUUGGAUAUUCAGUGUGUUUGGUUUGGUGCUGAUGAAAAUGCAAACGUGAUUUCACUUAUCUUAUAGUAUUAUUGGAGAAGCUAGAAUUUGACAUGUUGAAUUUAAUGUGAAUCGAAGAAGCAAGAUUUUGCUACAUCAAAUUCAACGUGGAUCCAUGUUGAGUUCAACAGAAAUUCAUGCAGCUAGCCCUUUUCUUUCUAUAAUUAUCUAUGGUAACUACAUAGUACCAUUUACUAACAGCAUGUUUGGAGAAAUUCUGUGUGCCGGUGAAUCAUGUAAAUCGAUUAGUUAUUGUGAGAUUCUUGUUACAUUAUAUAUUUCACUCGAGAUUCUUAAUAUUGCAGAUAAAUACUGUCAUUCUGUCAAUGAGGAUCGCAAUUUAGAACCAUAUGUGUAUGUGAGAUGAGAAAGGAAAACACUUGUACACAGGCAUAUGAAAAGAAGUUCAAUAUUUCAUUCAACAGUGAUCAUAAUAUCACAUAUCCAUCCUUAUCAUAAAUUACUCUUUUCAACCCUUUAUUACAUAAAGAUGUCUUCUCUUCUUCCUCUUCCCUGUGGUGAUGAUUUUCACGUUUAGUGGAACAGGGCAAAGAAAGACAAGACGGAGGCACCAACCAAGGAGCCAACAACGGUAGCUGAGGCACCGCUGGCGGGGCCAGGGGCAGGAGCAGGAACCUCGUUGGUAGCCAAAGCCGCGCUCAUGGAGGCAGCGACGAUGAGAACGACGCAGGUGACCUUCUUCAUGUCCAUGAUGAAUGAAAUGUGACUUGUUUAUUGGAGACCUGCAGGUGUGUGU